AUGUCUACAUUGGGGAAAUUCGACUUUAUGGUUAUCUAUGGCGAGGUAGAGGGUGGCCGCGUUCUCCCUUGGCUAGACGAGUGGGCGAACUUGAAGGACAAUGUUCGGAACAUCCUGGCGAAGGCGGGGCGGCCAGGCCAACCCGGUCGAGCGGAGACAGCCAUAACAGUACUUGGGAGGAGGGUUGGAACUUGCGAGGUGCCGGCGAAGGAAGACGUAAAGGCCAUCUACAGUAUGUUAAUUCCUUCUGCUGCCCUCUGCAUGCUGAUCUUGCGCUCUAGUGGACUUGUUUCCAACAGCGACCCUAGAAGUGCAAACGGUUCAAAGCUACCGCAUACAUCUUCCCCCGAUGUAUCCUUCCAUGUCUUUGAACGCGAUCAGCGCUUAAACAUGUUUGUAUACUGGCAUUGCAACUGCUCGGAUCUCUAUCCAAGUGUUCCUAAAGGCACCCACGAUUUGCUCCGGACUGGACUUACUACCAAUGGUGAUAUAGCCCUCCCGUCAGCCCAAUCGGUACAGUACCAGUCAGUCCCUUCGGCGCAGUACCAGCCAGCCCAGUCGGCGCAGUACCGGCCAGCCCAGUCAGCGCAGUACCAGCCAGUCCCUUCGGCGCAGUACCCGCUCGCGCAGCCUCCAGGUCCAGUAUACUGGCAGAACCAAUCCGGCCGACCCGCCAACGUAAGCGGGGGAGCAGUAGUGACCCAGGCAACAAAGAUACUUCUACUGAAUCUUCCGCCCGACAUGAGCGCGUCGGAUAGGAGAUAUAUCCUCGGGGAGAUAAAACCACUUGUCCCCACCAAGUUCGAUCGAUUGCAGCUCGAAGCGGACUAUGACGGCAAGAUGUAUAUGCUGUUCGACAGCCAACGAGAAGCCGAGUGCGCUGCUGAGGCAAUCAACGGAAAACCUAUCAGGGGAUAUAAAAUUAAAGCUCACUUAGACAAAGACGAUGUUGGAGAGAUUCCACCCCCUCUCAUUGCGCGUGACAGCUUUCCCUUGGACAAAGACGAGGUUGGAGAGAUUCCACCCCCUGUUGCGCGUGGCAGCUGGUGA